CUGAAAUAUCGUGACAUUUAUCACGCCUGGAAUUAGCUGAUAUAGAGCUGCUGGCUGUUCCUUGACAGACUAUUGAUGGCAUUUACUGAAGCCAAACAUUAAGUUAAAGACAGGGUUUGUUUUAACAAUCACCAAUGUUCAAAGACAACAGAGGGCUGGUAGAAGAUGUGGUCUCCUUGAGAAAUAAACUGCGAUUAACAGAGAUAAAUCUGCAAUCACUGGGGGAACAAUUGAGUCAAUCAGGAAAUGACAUCAUUGCUGAGGAUAAUGAUAGCAGUGGAGCGGAUGGGUUCCCAGGCCGUCUUACUCUAGAGGACCUUCAGGAGCCUAAUACUGGACAGCCUGGAGGAUAUCCACUCCCUGACAGAACAACAGAGCAGAGAGCAUGUGCUUGUGACUGCAGGCCAGUCAGAAACAUGGAGACAGAGAUGUCUGUGCUCAGGAGGAAGGUCAACUCCAUUAGGCAAGAGAAUUCUUCUUUGGUCAUGGAGAACAAGCUGCUCAUCAAUGACCUAGAAGCUGCUCAGCUUGUGUUAGCCAGUUCAAAGUCCAAGAUUCGUGUGUUGGGAUCUACUGUUGGAGCCAGAACCUCCAGUGUGUCCCUCAUGAAGGAACACAUUUUGGGUCUAGAGACAGAACUGACCACUCAAACCAGAGCUUUAGAGGCUGCUGAGCAGAAGUUGGAAGCAAGUGAACAGACAGUGAUGCUGAGCAACAGACUGGUGGAGAAGCUCAGAGAUGAGAUGAGAAUUGUUAAAGCUGAGCUAGCAGAAAGAACACUUCUGGGAAAACGUGCGGAGCAGCAGAGAAACCAAGCACUCCAAAAUGCAGAGAAGCUCACGGUCGCCUUCAAGAACUACAAGGAAGAUGCGUCUGAAAAGCUCAGGAAGGUGAUGGAGAGUGAGGAUCAGCUGAAGGUCAGUCUAAUGGAGUGUGACAGAGAUAGAGAGGAGCUGGAUAGGAAGUGUGCUGCGCUGGAGAGAGAGAAGGAGAGUCUAUGUCAGAACAUCUCUGAGCUGAAGGAGGUUCAUGGUCGUUCGGAGUCUCUCUCUGCUGAGCGUGUGCAGCUGCAGUAUCAGGUGCAGCAGCUCUCAGAUCAGCUGAAACAGCUGCAGAGGGUGCAGACUGAAAAGGAGGUGCAGCUGCAGGAGGUGGCGGCACUGAGGAGAGAGAAUGAAGACCUGCGGCUCCUCACGGCCUGUCAGGAGCGGAGGGUGGUUCAAUCAAACAGAGAGAGAGAGCAGGACAGAGCCGAGCUGACCAGCCUCGAAAGCAUUGUAGACUUAUUACAUCUGAGAGAGAAUCGUGAGGGUGCGUUGUGUGUAAACCCCUGUCUGCUACCUUCUCUGUCAUACACCAACACCAUUGAACACAAGACUGAUGAGCGCUAUCAGAAGCUGUUGGUGGUGCUGCAGAUGGCUGAGCGAGAGAAGACCCGGCAGGCCAGUGCUGCUCAGGGUCUGCAGGAAAGACUGACCAGAGCCCAGGAAGAGAUCUCCUCCCUGCAGACCUCCAUCACAGAGAGAUCCUCUCACUACCAGCAGCUCCACAAUCAACUCCUGGAUAAAGCUACUCAAGCCACCUCCUUUGAGAAAGAGCUAAAAAAGAAGUGCUCACGCUUUGCCAUACUGGAGAAACAACUGCAGGAGAAGAGUACAGCUUAUUCCCAGGCAGCAAUAAAGACCAGCCAGCUUGAGCAAGAGCUCCAGGAGAAGGCCAGCAGCAUUCAGCACUACCAGUCAGUCUUGAACAAAAAACAGAGAGAAUAUCAGCAAACCAUAGAGAAGUCAAAGACUGCACAAUCACAUAUAUGCAAGGAAAUGGAGGACAGAAUAGAGCUGCUGCAGUUGUCUCUGGUUCAGAAGCAGACUGAAAUUUUGGAGCUGGAGCAACAUGUAUCUGGCCUUCAAACAGAGAAGCUGGAGUCACAACAGAGAGCAGCUCUUCUGCAGACCACUAUAGAUGAGCUGACUGAGGAUUUCAAGGCAAAAUCUAAACACAGUGAAGAAACACAUAGAAAUAUUGAAGAGCAGGCUGCUAACUCCGUUUCAAAGGUGAGUAGCCUGCAGACAGAACUGUCCUCCUGUAAAGAGGAGUUGAUUAGUUACCUGCAGCAGAUGGAGGAGGUGAAGAAACAUCACGAGAGACAGCUGGAGCUGAAGAGCUGUGUGCUGUUAGAGCUGCAGGAGGAGCUGAGGAGGAAAAGUUUGGCCUAUCAGAGUUCCAAUGAGAAGAACCUGCAGCUGCAACACUCCAUCAAGAACCAGCACAACAUGCUGCAGGAGAGCAUGUCACACAUCGCACAGCUGGAGGAGAGCCAGAGUCAGCUGCAGAGCCAGGUAUCCCAGUUGGAACAAGAGUUGGUGAAGGAGCACACAGCCUUUUCUCAGGCCUUGAGGAGAAGGGAGAGAGAGGUGGAGGAGGCCACCCAGGAGGUGCAGAAGAAGGAGAGACAGGCAGCAGAAAUCUCCUGCUCCAUAACGCAGCUGAACUCGGAGAUGAGUAAGUGUCGGGUUGAGCUGUCAGACAUGGAGCUGGAGUUGUUGCGUCUGAGGAGAGACAGCAGUGCUAAAGCGUCUCAGCUCAAUCAGAUGGAGGAGACGCUCAAGGAGACCAAAGGCCUGCUGGAUAAGAAGAGUGAAACAGUUAUAGACCUGGAAGAGAAGCUCCACCGCACUGAGAUGGACAGGCGAAAUUCACUGCAGCGGGCAGAGUUGCUGAAGGGACAGUUGCAGGAGGUGCGUGGAGAGCUGUCAGACACACUAGACCACUUGCAGGAACUGAGAGAUGUGCUGCAGCGGACACAGCUGACUUCAGACCAGCGCCAAGCAGCCAUUGAUAAACUUGCGGCUGAGCUCAGAGAGAGUCAAAGGGAACUGGAGGAGAGGAACCAUGAGGUGUUGGAUCUGGACACUGCACUGAAAGAGAGACAGGAGGAGGUACAACAGAGAGCCGAGCUGCUGGGACAGCUGGACGCGGCCAUUAAGGAACACAAGCUGGAGAUGGAGAAGAAGUUGGAAUAUCAACAGGAAGCUCUGGAGAAGACCCAGAAGGAGCUGAGAGAGAGAGACCAGCAGGUCCAGUUCCUGACAGAGAGGCUAGAGAUGUUGAAAUCACAGCAGCUGCAGGGGAAAGAGGUGUUGGAGAAGGGUGCUCUAGAGCAUGGGCAGCAGCUACGUGCAUAUCGUGAGCAGCUCCAGAAAACGGUGAAGGAGCUCCAAGAGGCACAAACACGCUGUGACACUUUGAACAAACAGAUAGAUGAAGUCAGCCAGCAAGCAGGUCAGAAGGAAAGUGAAGUUCAUCUACUGCAAGAGGAGAUGGCUGUGAUGGAGAAGUGCUCUGCACAGGCAGAGGUCAGACUCCAGGCCAGCGUUAAUGCCCUACAACAAGAACUUGAGCAGCAGAGAGAAGAGCACCACAAAGAGCUUUCAGCUCUGCAGCAGACACAUGGGCAGCUACUGAAGGUCUCGGAUCAGAUCUCCAGCAGCCUGCGUAAUUCCCAGGAGCAGCUGACUCAGCGGCUACAGCAGGCCCGUGACCAGCUCGAGGAGGCCAGAGCGACCUCGGCACUCCUACACGCAGAGCUUCAGAGCAAAGAACAGCUCCUGCAGAGUGCUAAUGAAAACCUGCUUAUCAAGGAGUCAGAGAUCACCCGUCUUCAGGCCAAGCUCUCUAGCUUUGAAAGAGCCACAGAACUACACAAUAUCACACUUCGUCACAAACCUAGCACCCCUAUCUCUCCUCCUCUUAAAGACACUAUUCUUCAUGGCUCCCUGUCCCCCUCCCACAAAACCCCUUCUGCACGCUCCAGUCUCUCCUCCUGGCACAACACCUUCUCGGACACCUCUCUGGAGUUUUCAGACAAUUUGAAAGCCUGUGUGCAAGCUGCACUGUUGCCACCUCCCUCCCCAGACCAGACCUGGCAGGGUCUCAGCACCCAUGAAGCCACUUCCACAACAGACAUGUCUUUUAAUCCACUCACGUACAUGCUGGACCGAGAAGGACCAGAGGAACAAGACCUUGACACUCUCUCAGGUAUGCUGAGGUUUGUUAACCAGACACUGGCCCUUCAAGAGCAGCAAUCCCUCUGUGACAUCAGCACCCACAAGCAAGCAAGAACUGAAUGAUUGAGAUUACAGCUCUACAGGGGAUGUGUCCUAAUUGAAGAACCAAUUAAGGAUUAAUUUUCCUGAUUUUCCUGAAUUAUCACAGAAUUAACUCCUAGUCCAAAACGUGAUUCGACAAGUCUCGUUGUAUUUGACAUGAGCUUCUAGGUGAUCUAUGUACAAAGGCAGUUCAGUUGAACAGUUUGUUUAGCUAAAGCUGUUUGAACUUGUCCAGUAGCAUGAUCAUGCUCUAAACAUUGUCAAUCUGUA